UAGUAAUAGAAAAACAGGAAAGAAACUUUUCGCUCAUUUCAAAGCAAACAAAAAGCUUUAUUUAAUAAAGUUUGAGACCCAAGAGAGAAUUUCUGACGCAGGACUGGUGGGUUGUUUUGCAGUAGAAAAAUGGAUUCUGGUUCAAAUGGAGAGGAGCCCACUUCAUGGGAAGAGCUUUACAAUAUCAAUUUCAUACCGUCGGAGUUGUUUCUCAAGUUCAGAAAGGAAAUUGAGGGGAUUCGAGUUGGUGUUAAUUUAGAGUUCUAUAAUGCUCCAAUCAAUGAAUUCCAAGGCAAGAUUGUUCUGAAACCCUUAUCCCCGGAACGGAGGUGGAAAUUCACAUAUGAGGCAAUACAUCAGGAUGUACGCAUUCUUUCAAAGAAGAUUCCUGUUACCAAGUUUCUAAAUCUCCAGGUUGGCAUAGGCCAUAAUUUUCAGUUGCAUUCUACUGGUUGGAAUUGGAAGCUUACAACCUGUUUAGGUGGAGAUGGCAUAUCUAGGAUUCAGAAUAAGACAUCAUUCGGGUUGUUCCCUGGCAUGGAUUUGCGGUUUGGAUGGAGAGCAGAUUAUGUUAUUCCAGAAAUUACCGGGGCUUUGGGUACUGGUGAGCCAUUGUUCAACAUGAACUCUGGACGACUGCAAGCAUCAUUAGAUAGAGUUGAGGCCAUUCUAACCCAUCCAUCACGACCGGUACUAGAUGAAAAGAACUUCAUAUUGAACCGAACGUGGCAGGAAAAGGAUGCUCAGCAUGCAUGGGAUUUGAAAGACCCUGACCAGUGAAAGAUUUGCUAUCGAAGUCCAUAUGGUGGUCCAAUCAAUGUUGGGAUCAUUUGGCUGCUAAUUGGGACGCAGGAGGAAAAUAGUAAAGCAAAUAUUGCAGUAUUCCUGGGAAUUUAAGAAGAUUACUGUCACGGAUCUUUUUCUUAUUGAACUAUGAAUGGAUGUACAGAUGCAGCUGGGCUUUGCUUCGAUGAGGGGUUUUUUUUUUUUUUUUUAAUGAACAAGUUGAGGGUCUUGCCACCCUUUCUUCCAUGUAUCUGCAAUCAAAAUGGUGUGGGUUCUUGCUACGGAGGCCAUCGUGUAUAGUUUUGCCAGAUUUUGAAUAACACCUGCACGUUUUCUUGGUAAGAAAGAAGGUCAAGCCAGAUAAGUUGUACCGAUGAGAUGCACUGAUGAAUUUGUAGCACAAAGGAGAGACGAAUGUAGAAAGAUUUGCAACGAGAUGAUGAUUAAACCGGA